ACAGUAGCUAAUCGACAUCUUGAGAUAUUAGUCAUUUCUUUUUGUGGGCCAUUAGUUUCGUGUUUGUUCAAAAAAGAAAUUUUCACUCAAGUGAAUAAAUAAUUUGUUUAAUAGCGCUCCUGCACGAACAGUCUAUAGGCGCCCAUCCCGGUUACCACCAUGGGUUCGCUAUUCCGCAGUGAAGAGAUGACCUUGUGUCAGCUCUUCCUCCAAAGUGAAGCUGCCUACGCUUGUGUGUCGGAGUUGGGAGAACUGGGACUGGUUCAAUUCCGUGAUCUCAACCCGGAUGUGAACGCCUUCCAGCGCAAGUUCGUGAAUGAAGUUCGCCGGUGCGAUGAGAUGGAACGCAAGCUGCGCUAUCUGGAGAAGGAAAUUAAAAAGGAUGGCAUUCCCAUGUUGGAUACCGGCGAGAGUCCGGAAGCUCCCCAGCCGAGGGAGAUGAUCGAUCUGGAAGCCACUUUUGAGAAGUUGGAAAAUGAGUUGCGUGAGGUCAACCAGAACGCUGAAGCUUUGAAACGCAACUUCCUGGAGUUGACUGAGCUAAAGCAUAUCUUACGCAAGACCCAAGUUUUCUUCGACGAGCAACAGGCAGCGCCCGCAAUCGGUGUACGUAAUAAGUCACGAAACCGCUAUCAACAGAUGGCGGAUUCGCACAGGGAAGAGGAACAGGUUAAUCUACUCGGUGAGGAGGGCAUUCGAGCUGGUGGUGCCGGGGCACAGGGACAAAACCUAAAACUAGGCUUCGUUGCUGGAGUAAUCCUGCGUGAGCGUUUACCAGCCUUCGAGCGGAUGUUAUGGCGCGCAUGCCGUGGUAACGUGUUUCUUCGCCAGGCUAUGAUAGAGUCACCGCUAGAGGAUCCAUCAAACGGUGAUAAGGUCUACAAAUCGGUGUUCAUAAUUUUUUUCCAAGGUGACCAGCUAAAGACACGCGUUAAGAAGAUUUGCGAAGGGUUCCGCGCCACGCUGUACCCCUGCCCAGAGGCUCCCACCGAUCGGCGUGAAAUGGCAAUGGGCGUUAUGACGCGUAUCGAGGAUUUAAACACUGUUUUGGGGCAAACCCAGGAUCAUCGCCAUCGUGUGCUGGUUGCGGCCGCCAAAAAUCUUAAAAACUGGUUCGUAAAGGUUCGCAAAAUUAAAGCCAUCUAUCAUACAUUGAAUUUGUUCAAUUUGGACGUCACGCAGAAGUGUUUGAUUGCGGAGUGCUGGGUUCCGUUGUUGGACAUGGAAACAAUACAGAUUGCUUUGCGUCGCGGAACGGAACGUUCUGGUUCGUCAGUUCCACCGAUUUUGAAUCGUAUGGAAACUUUUGAAGAUCCACCGACUUAUAAUCGAACAAAUAAAUUCACGAACGCCUUCCAGGCGUUAAUUAACGCCUAUGGUGUCGCCAGCUAUCGUGAAAUGAAUCCGGCUCCGUACACUAUCAUAACGUUCCCUUUUCUAUUUGCGGUGAUGUUUGGUGAUUUGGGACACGGUGCAAUUAUGGCUCUCUUCGGCUUAUGGAUGGUCCUGAAGGAAAAACCAUUGGCCGCUAAGAAAACCGACAAUGAAAUUUGGAAUAUUUUCUUCGGAGGACGUUACAUAAUAUUUCUGAUGGGUGUAUUUUCAAUGUACACUGGCUUUGUGUAUAAUGACAUCUUUUCGAAAUCAUUGAACGUUUUUGGAUCUUCCUGGAGCAUUAAUUAUAACACUUCUACUGUGAUGACUAACAAAGCGCUACAGUUGAAUCCGGGUAAGGACUACUCUGGAACACCUUACCCAAUCGGUGUGGAUCCUGUUUGGCAAGUUUCGGAUAACAAAAUUAUUUUCUUGAAUGCUUACAAGAUGAAAAUUUCCAUCAUCUUUGGCGUUAUCCAUAUGUUGUUUGGUGUAUUCGUCGGUCUGUUCAAUCAUCGUUAUUUCAAAAACAAGCUGGCCAUCUACUGUGAAUUCAUUCCACAAGUUAUCUUUCUGGUGUUCCUGUUCUUCUAUAUGACGCUGUUGAUGUUCAUCAAGUGGACAAAAUAUUCUGCUGAUAGUGCAACGGAUGAUUUAUCUCCCGGGUGCGCACCGUCUAUUCUGAUUACAUUCAUCAACAUGGUUCUCUUUAAACCUCCGCAAAAGGGUUAUUGUAACCCGUAUAUGUUUGGCGGCCAAGCAGGAUUGCAAAAGUUUUUGGUCGUUAUUGCAUUACUGUGUGUGCCAUGGAUGCUUUUGGCGAAACCGAUCAUGAUUAUGCGCAGUCGCAAGCAAGCAGCGCAUCAACCAAUUGCGCCAUACAGUAAUGAGAAUGGUGACGCCGAAGGUGGAUUGAAUCAGCACAAUGCGGUCCAGGGAGAUGGAACACAGCAAGCAGCAGGAGCUGCAGCAGGCGGUGGUGGUGGUGCUGGUCAUGGUCACGAAAAUGAAGAAAUGUCCGAAAUCUUCAUCCAUCAAGGUAUUCACACCAUCGAGUAUGUCCUGGGUUCAGUCUCUCACACCGCCUCGUACCUACGUUUGUGGGCCCUUUCGCUUGCCCAUGCUCAGCUGGCUGAAGUCUUAUGGAACAUGGUCUUAAAGAAUGGUCUGCAACAGGGCGGAUGGAUCGGUGGAAUUGCUCUCUGGAUGAUCUUUGCUGUUUGGGCUGUACUUACCGUUGGCAUUUUGGUACUUAUGGAAGGACUGUCUGCUUUCCUUCAUACUCUUCGUUUGCACUGGGUUGAAUUCCAAAGUAAAUUUUAUGCUGGUCUUGGAUAUGCAUUCCAACCAUUUUCAUUUGAGAUGAUUUUGGAAUCCAGUUCGAAUUCAACUGAAGAUUAAGAUGCUUUACCCAUUCUGAUUGUAAUUGAUGCAUGGAUUUAUCCAUCAACUUUAACUCGAAAUAUAUAUUGUAAUUGAAUAAUAGUAAUUAACACCUGAGUAUUCUGGUAUGAUGCAUACAUUUUGUCUAACAACAAUAUUACAUGUAAACUAACAUCGCGAAAUAUAUUCAGAUUAUAAAUAAUACAAGUUAUAAAACCACAAAUCAUACUAACCCGUCUAAAUGUAAUAGAACAAAGUUUGCAUAACUGGAAGUUGAAUAAUAGUAAAUAUUCAUGUGUACUCCGAAAUUUCAAUACAGAAUUGACAAUUACAUUUGAAUAUUUGAAUAAAAAUUACAUAGUUGUGUAGUAUAACUUAGAGG